CAUGAUUUUCUUUCUAAAGAAAAAUAUUAAAAUGAUGAUUUCUUUUUAAAGAAAAAUAUUAAAGAAAUUGCUAAAACUGAUAGAAGACUCAUUCUUAGUUUUUCUUUCCCUACUCGUCUUCUCUCUCUCUCUCCCUACUUUCUCUCUCUAACCCCUCACCGUGUUUUCGUCGGCGUCGAACGCGACAACAACUGCAGCUAUCCGAGUAACGGAAUUUCAUGUCACAAUAAUCUCUAAAGUCUAAAUCUUUUCCACAAUCGUCAACAAUAAACAAAACCCUCUUGAUCAUCUGUAUUGGGAUUGAGGGGUUUGGAUUUUACAUUCACGAUAGAUGAACGGUUGACGAGAAUUUGAACUUUUGAAGGUGGUUCUAAUUUAUUAGAUAAAGAAUGUUGGAGGGUCAAAAGUUUCCAGGUAUGAUGGGUGUAAAUAACGGUAACGAUAACUUCGUCGAUCUGUCACAAGUGUUCUACCAUAAGCUCGGUGAAGGGUCGAACAUGUCAAUCGACAGCUUCAAUAGUUUGCAAAUGAGCAAUGGUGGCGGGUCGGUCGCAAUGUCUCUCGACAAUAGUAGUGUGGGGUCGAACGACUCGCACACUCGCAUAUUAAAUCACCAAGGUUUGAAGCGUGUAAAGAAUAGUUACAUCGAUGCUCAGAGUGUGAAUAGAGUAAGAGUGUCCCAAGGGUUAAGUGACGAUGCGUUGGCUCAAGCUUUGUUAGAUGCGCGGUUUCCAACCGAAGGGCUUGAAAAUUUUGACGAGUGGACUAUUGAUCUCAGGGAACUUAGCAUGGGACCCGCUUUUGCACAAGGUGCGUUCGGGAAGCUUUAUAAAGGUACUUACAACGGUGUGGAUGUUGCUAUUAAGCUUUUGGAGAAACCGGAGAAUGAUUUAGAGAGGGCACACCUGAUGGAGCAACAGUUUCAGCAGGAGGUUAUGAUGCUUGCGAGAUUAAAGCAUCCGAACAUUGUUCGGUUUAUCGGUGCAUGCCGGAAGCCGAUGGUAUGGUGUAUUAUAACAGAAUACGCCAAAGGUGGUUCUGUUAGGCAGUUUUUGACGAAGAGACAGAACCGAUCGGUGCCGUUGAAAUUGGCGGUUAAGCAGGCACUGGAUGUUGCAAGGGGAAUGGAAUAUGUGCAUGGGCUUGGAUUGAUUCAUAGGGAUUUGAAGUCGGAUAAUCUUUUGAUAUCGGCUGACAAGUCAAUUAAGAUCGCUGAUUUUGGUGUUGCGAGAAUUGAGGUGCAGACUGAAGGAAUGACACCUGAGACUGGGACCUACCGCUGGAUGGCCCCGGAAAUGAUCCAGCACAGGCCCUACACGCAGAAGGUAGACGUUUAUAGUUUCGGGAUUGUGUUAUGGGAACUCAUCACAGGGAUGCUUCCAUUCCAGAACAUGACAGCUGUGCAGGCUGCAUUUGCUGUCGUCAAUAAAGGUGUCCGACCCACCAUCCCACAUGACUGCCUUCCAGUUCUGAGUGAAAUAAUGACACGUUGUUGGGACGGGAACUCAGAUGUCAGACCACCCUUUACCGAGGUGGUCAGAAUGCUUGAACAUGCUGAGACGGAGAUCAUGACCACGGUCCGCAAGGCUCGGUUCAGGUGCUGCAUGAGUCAGCCCAUGACUACUGAUUGAUGCGUGUGUGGAACGGUAAAAAGUCUAGAAAAGGAACCAAAAAAGAGAAACAAUAGCGGAAAAGGAAAAGCCGCUCGCGUAUCUAUGACUAUGGUAAUUUCUUUCUUCAGAUAGGGUGAAAAGAGGAAGAAAAUUGUGAUAUGAUAUUAACUGUAUGUUUUGUUUGUUGGAUUUUUUUUUUUUUUUAUUUCAUGGAUUGUGUUGCUAAGUUAGUUGUAAUGGAGAAGAUUUGAUGUAUUUAUACAUGAUCUUUCUUGAUAUACUUAUAAAUUGCUUUUCCUACA